AGUACACCUAUUUCUAUAAACAUUUUUUAAGUUACUUCUUAUCUCGCAACAACGUGAGCCAAUUAAGUUUUAUGGCAAACUAUUCACACAAAAAACCAACUAGCGAGUGUGCAAGUCUGCUGGGAAUACCUAUUAGUAGCCUAAACUUCAAGAUAGGUAUAUAAACCUCACGAGGCACAAGAGGCUUAUCCACUAUUUCCACAAUAUUCAACCGAAAAUGUUCCGCGCUCAACGUGUUUGCUUUUACUUCGUAGCUUUCCUGGUCUUCGCAGCUGCCAGGCCCAAAAUAAACUCGCAAAAUUCCCAGAAUCAAGUUGGAUUACGAGUGGUCAAAUUUUCGACCGCAGGAAGUGUUCCUUCCAAGUCAUCAAUAUCCACAGAGGCAACUAGUGAACCAUCGACUGUGAGCACCAGCGAAGAUACUUCUGAGGGGCCCACAGUAACUUCACCAUCAUCAGCAUCUGAGGAAACUAGUGAAGCACCUGAGAGUUCCAGCCAAGAACUGUCAACAUUGACUGAAAACUCCAGCGAAAAGGCUUUUGAGGUGACCACAGUACCUUCAUCUUCAUCGACGGAAACUAGUGAAGCAUCCAGCCAAGAAACCACGGAAAGUGAGGAGUCAUCUGAAGAUUCCUCUGAAGAUGAAAGCUCCGAAUCAAGUGAGGAAUCAGAGGAAGGAUCGUACUACUAUGAUGAUUCGGAUUCCGACUACUACGAUAGUUACUUAUAUUACUGAUGCAUCGUGUUACCAUUAAACUUUAUGUCAAAACAGAAUACAACUAUUUUUGAAGAGGCUUGAAAAUUUAGUGUAGUAAAAAUGAAGCUGUCCUUCAUACUGGGUCUUGCCUUUUCUAGUCUUUUGGCUUAUGCAGGAGCAUUGCCGGUGCCUCCAGCUCCAUUGGUUAUGGCAUUGGUCACCAAACCCGAAAUGGAUAUUCCAGAUAUUGAUCUCUGGGCCAGGACCUAAGAGUUACAGGAUGCUUUAGACUGCCUUCUGCACACUGGUUUUCGCCCUGAUUCGCUGCAUAUUUGGAACAGAAUUUUUAAUUAAAACAUACAAUAUGUUACCCAAAUUGUUGCUGCUGCUUUUGGAGCGCCGAAAAGCUGUGCAAAAUUGCAGUUUUUGGACAAGAGGCUGCGGCGGGUUGUUGCUAAUGCAUUUACUUGGCUUAAUUAGUUGGGAUUCUACAUUAUUCAUACGCCACGUGUGACCAGCGGCCACCCACUCGCCCGAAAAUGGCCACCCACCCAAUGUGCUGAUGCCUGCCGUCUACUUCUUUUCCUGACAGCAUCAUAAUUUUCACUUAAUUAAAGUUGUCGUUGUUGUG